AGCACCAAAAUCCUUUUUGACCAGAGUAAUCCCCUACCAACAAUUGCUAGCUUGUGACAGAAGUGAAACCCUAACCUACCAAAUUCUUCUCGUUACAACGGUACAACCCCUCCGAAAAAUUGCCAGUAAACUAUAGUCGUCAUCGCAGAUCGGUAUAGUAGAACAAAGAUUUGAAUCGACAAAAGGCCCUCUCAAGAUUGAAGGUCGUUGGUUCACUUUAAAGGAAGAUGAACGGCGGCCCAUCUGGUUUCAAUAAUGCUCCGAUCACUAGAGCCUUUGUCAUUGCGUGUUGUGUGUUCACGAUCGUGUUUGGGAUCCAAGGUCGCUCAAACAAGCUCGGAUUGUCUUAUCAGGAUAUCUGGAAGAAGCUUCAAUUAUGGAAACUGAUUGUUUCAACUUUUACAUUUUCAUCUACACCAGAGCUCAUGUUUGGUGCUUAUCUUCUAUACUACUUUCGAGUGUUUGAGAGACAAAUUGGUUCUAACAAAUAUGCUGUGUUUGUCUCCUUCUCUAUAAUUGUGUCUUCACUGCUACAGCUUUUUGGCCAAGCAUUUCUUAAUGAUCCAACUUUGAGUGUGCUUACAUCUGGACCCUAUGGCCUUAUAUUCUCUUCCUUUGUUCCAUUCUAUUUUGACAUUCCUGUUUCAACACGGUUUCGUGUGAAUGCUCUAAGUUUCUCAGACAAAUCUUUCAUUUAUUUAGCUGGUCUUCAGCUUCUAUUAUCAUCUUGGAAAAGAUCCCUAGUUCCAGGUCUAUGUGGCAUCCUUGCUGGCACUUUAUAUCGUUUAAAUGUACUACGCAUCCGCAGGCUUAAGUUCCCAGAGUUGAUAGCCUCCUUUUUCUCAAGGCUUUCUUUGCCAUCUGUGGGGAGUGCAUCACCUGCUCCACCACCUAGAAAUGGUCCAUCCUUUGCAGCUCGUCAAGUUGAGGGUAAUUAUCGUGCCCCAGUAUCAUCUACCCCUGAGCCACCGGAGGAUUCAAUUGAAACAUUGGUUUCCAUGGGAUUUGAUAGGAAUUCAGCCAGACAAGCUCUUGUUCAUGCCAGAAACGACAUCAAUGCUGCUACAAAUAUUCUUCUUGAGUCACAAGUUCAUUAAUCACAUUCACAGAUAUUCUCUAUGCUCCAGUUUUGAGUUGAAGAUAAUAGGAUAAUCUGCUCUUCUCGCAAACUUGUUUAUGGUGCUUUGCUCAAAGUUUAGUUUCGUUUUAUUUACUGUCAUGUUUUUUUUUUUAUUUACUAAUGAUAGAGAUGUGUAUACUCGUGAAACUAGAAUCAUGUAGGGUCAAUUAUCGGACACUAGAAAAUGCGGUUUGACAAAUUUUUUUUUUAUCAAUGGGACCAAAAAUUGUAAUAUUUUGUCCCUCCUAAAAAGGUGGUUGCUUUAGAUCUCUUGUUUGUGUCUAAAAGACGUGAAUGCUCUCUUUGAAAAUAGUCCUAAAAGAUUCUCUUCUGUAACAAAAGUUAAUGUUGAAUUGUGAGGUAUAUAAUAUAUUGAUGUAUUUUGGUUUUGUUAUCAA